AUGGAGAAGGCGAAUGCUCUCGUGAAUGCGGCUAUUGACGAUUGUUCAAUCUCGUCCCUGCGAGCCGUGGUACUGGACGAGCUACACAUGAUUGACGACGAACACCGAGGGUACCUCCUGGAGUUGAUGACCACCAAGUUGCUCAGCCUUGAGCAGCCUAUGCAAAUUAUUGCUAUGAGUGCAACCUUGCCGAACAUGAGCUUGAUGGCCGAGUGGAUCGACGGUCACUCGUACGAGACUCGCUAUCGCCCAGUACCGAUAUAUGAGCACCUCGUGUACGAGGGCAAGGUGUAUCCGGCAGCCUCGACGGGAAGUCUUAUCAGAACCGCUACACAUCUGAGCACGCACACGCAAAGACCGAGUCAGGAACAUAUAUCGCCACUGAAGGAAAUUGAGAGGUCAGAGCAUAAAGAGUUCCGCGACCCUGUUCUCAACGCGAUCGUUGCUCUGACCGUGGAAACGGCGAUGACCGGCUUUGGCGUGCUUGUCUUCGCCGGCAGUCGAGGCAUGUGCGAGUCUGACGCGCGCCUCAUCAGCCGCGCGAUGCCCCAACUUCAAGAGAUCAACCCGGCUAUGCUGGACAAGAGAUUGGAUUUGUUGUCAGAUCUGCGAAGUCUGAGCACCGGAGCUGACCCAGUGUUGGCUGAGACUGUCCUGUUCGGCGUUGCUUUUCAUCGCUUGACCACAGAGGAACGUGACCUCAUCGCCGGUGCCUACGACGCCGGCACGCUGCUCGUUUGCGUGGCCACUUGCAUCCCGCGAGGAGAGUCAUUCUCCAUGGAGCACGAAUGGGCCGUGACUUCUGCCCUCCUUGAAGUUAUUUGCACCCGUCUGGCCAAUAGCUACGAGUCUGUGCGUGACCAUUUUAGACGCUCGCUUCUUCGACAUACCCACGGUAUAGAGCACGUGGACACAUUGCUGGAGGCUAGUGUUACCGAGAUUGAACAACUGGAGUUCAUCACGAGAGACGAGCAUGGGAAUUAUGUUGCUACUCAGUUGGGCAGGGCCAUUGUUGCUUCGGCAAUAGAUCCGGACGAUGGCGUCUUCAUCUACAAAGAGUUGAGCCGCGCUCUUGCAGCAUUUGUCAUGGAUGGAGAUAUGCACAUCUUGUACACCUUUACACCAGUGCAGGACUCUGGUGUUCCUGUCAACUGGCAAAUCUUCAGAAACGAAAUGGAAGGCUUGGACGAGAGCGGCAUGAGGGUGUUGAACUUCCUCGGGAUAAAACCGACAGUUGUGUUGAGGCUCGCGCAGGGCGCAGUGCUCAAAGAGACGACCAAGGAGGAACGGGAGCUUGCAAGGGUAUACCGUCGCUUCUACUUGGCCUUGCAGCUCCGGGACCUCUGCAACGAGAUGCCUAUCCAUAUUGUCGCGCGAAAGUACGACAUGCCUCGCGGAUCAGUGCAGAACCUUUCACAGACCUGCCAGGGCUUCGCAGCGGGAAUGAUUAAGUUUUGCGAUGCUAUGGGAUGGGGGGUCUUUGCAGCAGCACUGGACCACUUUUCCGAUCGAUUGAUGGCUGGCGCACGGACAGACCUUCUUGAGCUAGCCAAGAUCCCCUUUAUCAAGAGCAGGACAGCCCGAGUCUUUUGGGAGAGUGGGUUCAAGAGCAUUGCCUCCAUCGCAAACGCAGAUCCGAGGGAAUUGUUGCCCGUACUGAUACAGGCGCAACCCAACAAGAUCCGACUGAAGGGGCAGGCCGAAGAGAAGUACGAGGAGAAGCUCAUGGCCAAGGCGAACGUCAUCUCCAACGGAGCUAAUAGGCUCUGGCACCAUCGACUGAUUGCCAUGACGCUGGUCGUCGUUCCACACUUGGAAACCUCAAAAAAGGCCGCCACUUCAAUCAGUUCCGCGCCAACGCCAAACGCGGGCGUGCCGAAGGAGACAAUGCCUCUUCCCAAGCAGCACCCUAUUCUCUCCGCGACACUCCUCUCCUCGACAUCUCACCCUGUUCCCGGACAACUGCUCAUUACUGAGCUGACAUUCCGCGUACCCCUUGACUACGCCCAGCCAGACGGCCAGCAGAUCACCCUUUUCGCCCGGCGCGCGCAGAAAUACACUCGUCCUCUCACCAAAGGCAACAGCGAUGGUAGCGAUGAGGAAAACUCUAACCCUUACAUUGUCUAUCUCGAAGGCGGACCCGGGUUUGGCAACCGGGCCCCCCAGGAUCAUCCGCUCACCCGCCCAGCUCUCACCCGGGGCUACCAAGUCCUCAUGUUAGACCACCGCGGGACGGGCAUGAGCACACCGGUUGGUGCGGAAAUGCUGGCGCACAAGUCCACUGAUGAGCAAGUUGAGUACCUCAAGCUCAUGCGUCAAGACAAUACAGUUCGCGAUUGCGAGGCCGUGAGGAAAUGCCUACUAGACUGUCAGAAGGGCGACGAGGCCAAAUGGUCGAUUUUCGGGCAGAGUUACGGGGGCUUCGUGGCGAUGAGCUACCUGUCCAUGCACCCCGAAGGCCUCAAAGAAGUCUAUCUCACAGGAGGUUUGGCGCCUGUCAAGAGGAAUGCUGACGAGGUAUACACAGCUGUGCUGCCAAGGGUGGCCAAGCGCAGCGAGGAAUACUAUGCAAAGUUUCCCGAGGACGUUAAGAAUAUUUGGGACAUCGCGGACUACAUUACCGAAAAGAAGGGCGGCAAGGUUGCUCUGCCCUCUGGCGGUGUACUGACCGUUGCUCGACUGUUAACCAUUGGCAUCGCUUUCGGUGGCCAUGGUGGCUUUGAUGGCGUCCACAGCACAAUCUUGCAGCUCAAGAACUCACUCGACUUAUUCGGGUUCCUGACGCGCGCGUCUCUGGCGCCUCUCGAGUCGUACACGCCGUUCGACACGAACAUUAUCUACGCCAUCCUCCACGAGGCCAUUUACUGCAAUGGUCCUGGAUAUGCGUCGAACUGGGCCUCUCAACGCGUCGGCGAGCAACACCCCUCGUAUUCGUGGCUCAAAGGGAUCAAGCUAUCGCCAAGAGACAAGCCACUCUACUUCUCGGGGGAGAACAUCUUCCCCUUUGAUUUUGAGACCUAUCCUGAGCUGAGCGAGUUGCGCGCGGCUGCGCACAAGCUGGCCAAGUUCGACCAGUGGGAGUAUCUGUACGAUCUGGAGCAGUUGAGCAGGAACGAGGUGCCCGUGUAUGCAGCGUCCUAUGUCGACGACAUGUAUGUCGACAGCGACUUUGCGCGCGAGACGGCGCGGUUGGUCCAGGGGACAAAGGUGUUUGAGACAAACGUCUUGUAUCACAAUGCGCUGCGGGCCAAGGCGGACGAGGUGCUGCAGCAGUUGUUCAACUUGCGGGAUGAUGUGAUGGACUAG